ACGCCGCCCCCGCGUAACCGCCGAAGAAGCCGAGGCGAGCCCGGGUCGGGCGCAAGGGCGCGCUGGCCGCUGCUGCCACCGCGGGUGUUCCCUGCGCUCCCGCUCCAGUGAGGACUCUCUCUGCCGCCUCCUCCUCCUCCUCCUCCGACCUCAGUCCUCACCACCCUCCUCCUGCUCCUCAAAAGCACCCCCGAGUCCCCACCCCCUCACGCCCCACCCGCGGGAACGAGGCCUCGGGAAUUCAGGGGAGUGGCUGUGGGGGCGCGUCGCGGCUCCCAGCUCGGCCAGCCCCUCUUUCAAGACAUGGUCUGAUCCCCAUUGUAAAAGCUGCGCCCCAAGAGGAGGAGAGAGUGGUGCUCCCUGCCUGGGGCUGCAGGGAGCUCUCCGUGCUGAAGCUCUUGCAUUAUUUUAGGGUGGGGCGAGGAGGGCCCUAGAUUUUGGGGAGUAGGGGUGGGUGGGGAGGAGGACCCGAGGGGGGCAAGGACUCUGUGGGGGAGUCGGUGAGAGACUAUGGGGAAGGACCAGGAGCUGCUGGAAGCUGCUCGCACUGGAAAUGUGGCUCUGGUGGAGAAACUCCUGUCUGGCAGGAAAGGAGGGAUCCUGGGCGGUGGAUCCGGACCCUUGCCCCUGUCUAAUCUGCUAAGCAUCUGGCGAGGCCCCAAUGUGAACUGCACAGACAGUUCGGGUUACACUGCUUUACACCACGCAGCCUUAAAUGGACAUAAGGACAUAGUUCUCAAACUACUUCAGUAUGAGGCAUCAACAAAUGUAGCAGACAACAAAGGGUAUUUUCCUAUUCACCUGGCUGCCUGGAAAGGAGAUGUGGAAAUUGUGAAGAUUCUUAUUCAUCAUGGACCAUCGCAUUCCAGGGUCAAUGAACAGAACAAUGAAAAUGAAACUGCCUUACACUGUGCAGCUCAAUAUGGACACUCAGAAGUAGUUGCUGUUCUCCUAGAAGAGCUCACUGACCCGACAAUUAGGAAUAGCAAGCUGGAAACACCUUUGGACUUGGCGGCACUCUAUGGACGGCUUAGAGUGGUAAAAAUGAUCAUCAGUGCGCAUCCUAACUUAAUGAGCUGCAACACUCGCAAGCACACGCCACUUCACCUUGCUGCGCGCAAUGGCCACAAAGCAGUCGUGCAGGUGCUGCUGGAGGCAGGAAUGGAUGUGAGCUGUCAAACAGAAAAGGGGAGUGCACUUCAUGAAGCAGCUUUGUUUGGAAAGGUGGAUGUUGUACGAGUUCUGUUAGAAACAGGAAUUGAUGCCAACAUAAAGGAUAGCUUAGGUAGAACUGUCUUGGACAUUCUGAAAGAACAUCCAUCUCAGAAAUCUCUCCAGAUUGCAACACUCUUACAAGAGUAUUUAGAAGGCAUGGGAAGAUCUACAGUCCUUGAAGAGCCUGUACAGGAAGAUGCAACACAAGAAACACGCAUUUCAUCUCCUGUUGAGUCUCCUUCCCAAAAGACCAAAAGUGAAACCGUCACUGGAGAAUUAUCAAAACUCUUGGAUGAGAUAAAACUCUGUCAAGAAAAGGAUUAUUCGUUUGAAGACUUGUGCCACACAAUAUCAGACCACUACUUAGAUAAUCUGAGCAAGAUUUCAGAGGAAGAACUUGGGAAAAAUGGAAGCCAGAGUGUAAGAACCUCAUCUACGAUCAAUUUGUCACCAGGAGAAGUGGAAGAAGAGGAUGAUGAUGAAAAUACAUGUGGGCCAUCAGGACUUUGGGAAGCAUUAACUCCGUGUAAUGGAUGUAGGAACCUUGGCUUCCCCAUGCUUGCACAGGAGUCCUAUCCAAAGAAGAGAAAUUACACUAUGGAAAUUGUACCAUCUGCUUCUCUGGAUACAUUUCCUUCAGAAAAUGAGAACUUUCUGUGUGAUCUCAUGGACACAGCUGUUACAAAGAAACCUUGCUCCUUAGAAAUUGCAAGGGCACCUUCCCCAAGAACUGAUAAUGCCUCUGAGGUAGCAAUUACUACUCCAGGAACUAGUAACCAUAGAAACAGCUCAACAGGCCCAACACCUGAUUGUUCACCACCAUCCCCUGAUACUGCCCUCAAAAAUAUUGUAAAAGUCAUUCGACCCCAGCCUAAACAGCGAACAUCCAUUGUGUCUUCUCUGGAUUUUCACCGAAUGAAUCACAACCAAGAAUAUUUUGAAAUCAACACAUCUACAGGGUGCACAAGCUUUACUGCCAGCUCUCCUGCUAGUCCACCCACCUCUUCUGUGGGAACCACAGAAGUCAAGAAUGAGGGAGCUAACCAUACAGAUGACCUCUCCCGACAGGAUGGCAAUGAUCCCCCAAAAGAAUAUGAUCCUGGGCAAUUUGCAGGCCUGCUCCAUGGAUCCUCUCCAGCCUGUGAGUCGCCUGAAAAUCCAUUUCACCUCUAUGGGAAAACAGAACAAUGUGAAAAAGGACAAGAUGAAGUCAGUUUGGCAAACAGUCCUUUGCCUUUCAAGCAGUCUCCAAUAGAAAAUAACUCAGAACCUUUGGUAAAGAAAAUUAAACCCAAAGUGGUCAGUAGAACAAUUUUUCACAAAAAAAGCAACCAACUCGAAAACCAUACCAUUGUUGGCACAAGAUCAGCCAGGAGUGGAUCUCGGAAUGGGGACCAGUGGGUUAUGAACACAGGGGGAUUUGUGGAGAGAGCCUGUACUCUGGGGAGAAUAAGGUCAUUGCCUAAAGCCUUGAUCGACAUGCAUUUGUCAAAAAGUGUCUCUAAAUCUGAUUCUGAUCUCAUUGCCUAUCCUUCCAAUGAGAAAACAUCAAGAGUUAACUGGAGUGAAUCUUCCACUGCUGAACACAGUUCUAAAGGGAAUUCUGAAAGAACACCAUCCUUCACAUCGGAAUGGGAAGAAAUAGACAAAAUAAUGAGUUCCAUAGAUGUUGGAAUCAACAAUGAACUUAAAGAGAUGAAUGGUGAGACCACAAGACCCAGAUGCCCUGUCCAAACAGUGGGACAAUGGUUGGAAAGCAUUGGGCUACCUCAGUACGAGAACCACCUGAUGGCUAAUGGAUUUGACAAUGUGCAGUUUAUGGGAAGCAAUGUUAUGGAAGAUCAGGAUUUGUUGGAAAUUGGAAUCCUUAAUUCUGGGCACCGACAAAGAAUUCUACAGGCAAUCCAGCUCCUUCCAAAGAUGAGACCCAUUGGGCAUGAUGGCUACCAUCCCACCUCUGUAGCUGAGUGGCUGGAUUCCAUUGAACUGGGCGACUACACCAAAGCCUUUCUAAUUAAUGGCUACACAUCGAUGGACCUGUUGAAAAAAAUCUGGGAGGUUGAACUUAUUAAUGUUUUAAAAAUCAAUUUGAUUGGCCACAGGAAACGUAUUUUGGCAUCUCUGGGAGACAGGCUGCACGACGAUCCCCCACAGAAGCCCCCUCGGUCCAUCACCCUCAGGGAACCCAGUGGUAAUCACACUCCUCCUCAGUUGUCUCCAUCACUUAGCCAAAGCACUUACACCACUGGUGGCUCCCUAGACGUUCCUCACAUUAUCAUGCAGGGCGAUGCAAGGAGGAGAAGAAAUGAAAACUACUUUGAUGAUAUUCCCCGAUCAAAACUGGAGAGGCAGAUGGCUCAGCAGUCGUCUGUCUGUGAAAUAUGGACGAAUCAGAACGCAGGAUUUCCUUUCUCAGCGAUCCAUCAGGUUCAUAAUACAGGAGACUGGGGAGAACCUUCCAUUACCUUGCGACCUCCAAAUGAAGCCACAGCCUCCACUCCGGUACAGUACUGGCAGCAUCACCCAGAAAAGCUUAUCUUCCAGUCGUGUGAUUACAAAGCUUUUUAUUUAGGUUCUAUGCUGAUAAAAGAGCUUAGGGGGACAGAAUCAACCCAAGAUGCUUGUGCAAAAAUGCGGGCUAACUGUCAGAAGUCUACAGAGCAAAUGAAGAAGGUCCCUACUAUUAUUCUUUCUGUCUCAUAUAAAGGAGUCAAAUUUAUUGAUGCAACAAAUAAGAACAUAAUUGCUGAGCAUGAAAUUCGUAAUAUUUCCUGUGCUGCCCAGGACCCAGAAGACCUCUCAACAUUUGCCUAUAUCACAAAAGAUUUGAAGUCCAAUCACCACUACUGUCACGUGUUUACUGCCUUUGAUGUGAAUUUAGCCUAUGAAAUCAUCCUAACCCUGGGACAGGCAUUCGAAGUCGCUUACCAGCUAGCACUACAAGCAAGAAAAGGGGGACACUCCUCCACACUUCCAGAAAGCUUUGAAAACAAACCCUCCAAACCCAUCCCCAAGCCCCGCGUUAGCAUUCGCAAGUCCGUGCCUUUCUGUUUUAAAGCAGAUCGACCCAUCUGAGCAAAAGACUCUGGCCAAUCUACCGUGGAUUGUGGAGCCGGGCCAAGAAGCCAAGAGGGGCAUUAAUACCAAGUAUGAAACCACGAUUUUCUGAUACUCGCCGUCCUCCUGUCCUCGCGGUGCCUUGCUCGCCAAGCAGUCCCGGAGCAGGCUUUCCUUCGCGCCUCCGCGUCCACCCAGCCCAGGAGGAAGACUGCUCUGAGCGUGUGGCCUUGUUACGGGCGAAAGGCCACUGGCCAUUCCUGGGGAAGUUCUUUCUGCACCAGUGAUGGAAAACGCAAGACUUUCCAGUCGCAACCCCUGAGAGGCGUGAGUUGAGAUGGGUUUUCCCCGAUGCUCCCGACUCCCCUCCCCACCACCUCCCAAGGUAUUUCUGAUGACUCCGCCCCAGUACUUGCUUUGCUUCAUUUGGGGAUAAUACCUUUUCUUUAAAAAAAAAAAAAAAAAAAAAAAAGUAAAGGGGAUCUCUAAUACUGCCUAAAAGUAUGCUUUCACUGUCAGCAGUUUUAAAGGUGAAAUCAGAGCAGCACUACCCUUCCCACCUCCAAAGCAUCUGUAAAAUCAUUCUAUCAUUGAAUAUCGUUUAAUGCAAAAGGACAAAAAUAACUCCCGUGAUAUGAUUGCCAGGAGAUUGUUUCCCCAUUUCUAUAUUUGUGGAUUUUAUAUGUAAUCACCUAUGUCAGAGAAAGAAAACCUUUCAACCAAACGAUUGGUUCAAAAGGAAAGAAUGAUUCAAAACAGAGGAAUUUAUUAUGCACAGCAAAAUGUGUCUUGUAUUAAAUAUUUUUAUUAAAAGAAUGUUUCAUUAAUGCAUUGAUAAGAAAACUAGGUUAGUUGUGAGGGAUGUUUCUGGUUUCAUUUCAAAUAAUUAAAUUUCUACUGCUACUACCAAGAGGACUGGCUCAGUGGUGGCAAAAUACUGGUGAUGCUCCCUAGAGCAGGAGGCCCGGAAGUGCUGACGCAGCCAUCAGCUUGCCAAGAUUGUUUUUUAAUCUUCACAGUGUUUUAAAGAACAUGUUAAAAAAAAAAAUCUAGUGCUCCUGCUGUCAAGAUUUCUGUCAUGGAAACCUUGUUUGAGAAAGGUGUUAAUAAAAUUCUAUUGCAAAAAUUUCUUUUUCUAGAAAAAAUAAAUACAAAAAAAAGAAGAAAUUCCAAAGUAAUAAAACUUUUCUUGAGACAAACAAAAAAAAAGUUUGCUUACUAUUUGAUUAAAUAAAAUUUACUUACAUUUCUUUAAGGUAUUUUAAUUUUUUAAUGUCUCUGUGGAGUAUUUGUAUGAUACCAUAAUGUAUAUUUAUGUAGAAUCAAAUUAUAUAAACAGUACCAAUAUCAUUAUAGAAAAAAAUAACAUUUUAAUGUAUAUUGUUCUAACAAUCAUAUUGUGAAUCAUUUUGAAGUUCAUUAUAGCGAUACUGAUAAAUUGUGGAAUUGUCUUAAUGUUUUUUUAUUAACUGAUAUUAUUUUAAACCUAACUGAGAUGAUCAGUUACAUUCAUCAGUUGGUGAGUUUUGAAGAAUAACUACAUUUUAUUUCAAACUAACAAAUGUAUACGGUUUUAGUUCAGUGUUGAAGAAUUUUAAUACAAUAUUAAAUUACUUGAA